CGUUCAUGCAGGAUACUUUAGACUCUGCUUCAUUAUUUGAGCAUAGCACCAUACAGAUGCUUUCCUACAUUGCUUCGUUCACCAGCCUUCUAAUUAAGAAUGUGGCUGAUUUCCUUUGGUUUUUGAUCCAGUACAUCCCAGUUUUGAACAGCCUUCCAGGCAGUCAGAAGCAGCAGGUCACCUUCAGCAGACGGAAAGGUUUGGAAUGUAUCGCACCAUUGUUUGCCAGUGUGGAGGAGACACCCCAGCAAAUCCCCACAUGCAUCAAAGGGUGCAUCCCCCCGUGGCUCAAAGGAAAACUGCUGAGGAAUGGGCCAGGGAAAUUUGACUUUGGAAAAGAUAACUACAACCAUUGGUUUGAUGGUGCUGCCCUGCUCCAUCAGUUCACGAUUGAAAAUGGGGCCGUGAAAUACCGAAGCAAGUUCCUAAGGAGUGAGUCCUAUAUGUCUAACAGCCAGAACAACCGGAUCACGGCCUCUGAGUUUGGAACCCUGGCUAUGCCAGACCCUUGCAAGAGCAUUUUUGAGCGCUUCAUGUCACGGUUUGAACAAUUACAAAUAACUGACAACUGCAAUGUGAACUAUGUGGUCUACAAAAGGGACUAUUAUGUCAGCACAGAGACAGACUUCAUGCACAAAGUGGAUGUGGAAACCCUAGAAUCCAAGGAGAAGGUGGACUGGAAAAAGUAUGUUGCCGUGAAUGGAGCAACUGCGCACCCACAUUAUGAGCCAGAUGGAACAGCAUACAACAUGGGCAAUUCAUACGGGAAACAUGGUUCAAACUAUAACAUCAUUCAGAUCCCCCCGCAGAAGUCUAGCCCUGAUGACACCAACCUGCAGGGGGCAAAAAUCCUGUGCACCAUUCAGCCCCAAAAUAAGAUGAAGCCCUCCUAUUACCACAGUUUUGGAAUGAGUGAAAACUAUGUGAUCUUCAUUGAGCUGCCCCUCAAAAUAAACCUGUGGAAGUUAAUCACAGCCAAGAGUCUUGGGAAGUCCUUUUUGGAGGCGAUCAGCUGGGAGCCUGAGCACAAGACCCGCUUCCACGUGGUGAACAAGCUCACUGGGCAGGUGUUGCCCAUGCGGUACUAUAGCAAGCCCCUCAUGUCUUUCCAUCAAAUCAAUGCCUUUGAAGAUCAAGGCUGCGUUGUCCUUGAUCUCUGCUGUCAAGAUGACGGGAGAGCCAUCGACAUUUUCCGACUGCAGAACCUCCGCAAGGCAGGGGAAGCCCUGGACCAGGUUUAUAACUCAGUAGCGCGGCCACUUCCAUGGCGCUUUGUUCUUCCCAUCCACGUGGAUUCCAGUAGCCCCACUGGACAGAAUCUCAGCUCUUUAUCCUACACAUCAGCAAGAGCUGUGAAAGAAGCUGAUGGGAAGAUCUGGUGUACACAUGAAAGUCUACAUGAUGAGAGCCUUGAGGAAGCAGGAGGCCUGGAAUUCCCUCAGAUUAAUUAUGCUCGUUGCAACGGGAAGAAAUACCGUUUCUUUUAUGGCUGUGGCUUUGGUCAUAUGGUUGGAGACUCGUUGAUUAAGAUCGACACAACCACCAAGGAGAUGAAGAUUUGGCAAGAGAAAGGAACAUAUCCUUCUGAACCAGUAUUUGUACCAAAUCCUAACGCUACUGCAGAAGACAGCGGAGUCAUCCUGUCUGUAGUGAUCACACCCAAGGAGAAUCAAGGCACUUUCCUGCUCAUUCUCGAUGCUGAGAAGUUCACUGAACUGGGCCGAGCGGAAGUUCCAGUCCAGGUCCCCUAUGGUUUUCAUGGCCUGUUUAUCCAGAAUUAACAGGGAUUGUUUGUGAGUGGCCACAUAACAGCAAGGAAGGACUCCUUGAACCCCUUGAACCUCAAGCAUCUUCCCUUCUGUGGCCUUGGGAAAAUUCAGUGUGUGCCUUGAUUUUCUUGCCUAUCCCAUCGUGUUUUGAGAACUGCCCAGAUCCAAGGAGGUAUUGUGAAGGAGAAUACAUUUAUGACUGCAAUGAGGAUAUUUUAGUGAAUGAUAAAUAUUGCCCACACACAAAGCUCUUUAAAGAGCCAAUCAAGAGAUCUCCCUUAGUAGGGGAGGGGAGUUUAACAUUUUAUUCUUGAUUUUUGUAUUAAAUUACUCUUAUUAUGAUUUCACCAUGCACUCAAAGUUGUUAAGGCAUUUUGUGAUUUUUAGAAUCUUUGCAAUAACAAUCAGUAUGCUUAAAAAUUCUUUUUUGGAGAGGAUGGGCAAAAUGUGUAUCUAGUAGGAGAAGGGGAUGGUUACAGUUCUUCUCACUCACUGUUUUCCAAUAGCACCUGCAAGAGCUGACAUAUGUAAAGGCUAUCCCCUGUCUUUCCUGAACAUACAAUAGGAGAAGGUAACUCAGAGCCAAACUAGAUGAGACAAAUUACACGAGGUCAUGCAAAGUGUCUAGAA